AUGAUCGUCGUCCCACACGUGAGUGCAGGACAUAAAGUCGUGCGAUUGUUGUUGUAAUAUGUCGUUCAUGAUUUUUUUUUUUUCUCUUUAACUAAACAGAAACACAUAUGCACAUAAUAUAUGCAAUAUCUAACUGAAAUAUUGAACCGUCCGUUUUCUCUGAUGUUUCCACAUUAUAGAUUGCCGCCGUAUGUUGGUUUACGUUAAUGUCACGAUCGUUCGUCGCCGCAAAUGUCCCGGCCGGCCCGUACUCUUGGAGCGCUUACCAGGAACCCGUCUCCGACGAACCGUUCGAAGUCAAACAGCCGUGGAAACAGACUUCGUCGCCGCCGCAGUCGUCUUCGUUCGCGGAAUACGAUGGUGCGAACGACGACCACGAAAGCGAAGUUUACCCUGCACAGGAUUACGCGGUAAUGUAACGCGAUUUUUUAGCCCUAACCCCCUCCCCCCUCACUCGCCCACCGAUUUCAUACUUUUUAAUGGAAAAACUCAGGGGGGACAUAUAAUAUGGUUUUUGUUUUUUUUUUAUAUGUUAAAAAUAAUCAUAGAAACGUGACAUUAUCCACUGUUUCACUUGUUUUCCAGACGUGGUAUGAUUUUCAAAACAUUUUGACAUUUCUUUUUAGUCAUUUACAUCUAUACACAACUGUCGAGAACAGGUGAUUCAUAUAAAAAUGCUAAAAUAUUUGUUACGAAGUUCAUUGUAAGUUUUACUUAGUGGUAAAAAAAAAAGUUGAGCAAAUUUCGAAAUUUAUUUUUAUUUGCAUUUUAAGUUCAAAUGUAUAAUAAAAUUCGUAAAAAUCACGUGCGAUUGUAAUUUAUUUCGUUUCGCUAGUUAAUAAAGUUGCCAGGACUCAGGAGUUAACCGAACCGGAGCUACCGUUUAUGAUCUCUGGUACAAUAGUAUCUUACCCAGUCCGCCUCUGCUACUGCAUCGCAAUCAGAUUAUAGCCUGAAAUUUAUGUACAGGUAUCCCACGAAGAUAUACCCAUUGCAUUAUCUCCUAAAAUAAUAAAGCUAAUCAAAUUUUGUUUUUAUUCUACUCACAGGGAUAAAAAGAUAACGUUUUAUUUUAUAAUUUUUUGAACAAUAUGAAAAUAUAGAGUUUAUUUUAUCGAAAGUUUUGACGUUUUUCAAGUUUGUAUUCUCAUUAAAUCCGUGAUUUUGAAUAUUAUUUAACAUAAUAAUUCGGAGAAAAACAGUAUACAGUCAAUUAUCCAUAAUAAUAAUAGUAGUAGUACAAAAUGCGAUUACAGCCUGCUGCAUAAUUAUAGGUAAUCGGAAUAACGAUUGAUAUAACAUAAUCAUUAUUAUUAGCGCUUAUCUUAACUGUACACUUUUGGAUUCUGGGCGAAGCGAAGAAUGUAUAGGUUUACAAUGAUGUUUAUUUUGUAUACAUACUAUGUAAAAAAUUUCUACCAGAUAUAUUGCUCCAAUUUUCAAGUGUAGCACUUUUUCUAAAAGGAAAUUUUCCUAGGAUAGUACUUUAAGGAGAUCAUUUUUUUGAUUGAAUUUUUCAUAAUAAUUGUGGGGAAAACCGAGAAAGACCGUAGAGAAAACGGGAAAAUAUAUGAAAUGUAUUAUUUUCAAAUUUUGCUCAAAAUCGUUUUUCGUUAGCAAUGAAUAGUCGUUACGUACGAAAAUACAUUAAAUUAUCCUCUAUAUCCUACUUUCCCAACUUUUUACCUACAACAGUGACUCACCCAUGGUGUAAAGUAUGUCCGUUUUUUUCUCAGAACUUUAAAAAAUUAUAAAAAAAAUCCCGAAUUUAAUGUUAAGUAAAAAGUUGAAACAUUAAAUGUUUUUUUUUAUAAUUUAACCUAUAUUAAAAUAACAAGAGUUGAGGAAAACAUUAAACCUUACUAUGAAUUAUGAACCUAUUUCCUAAUAUCGUUUUAAAUUAAUAUAAUCGUCUAUCGACUUGAAAGUUCAGUAAUUUCGAAUCGAUUAAACAGUAAAAAAAAAAAGUGAUGGCUACUUAAACGCGCUUGUUAAUAGAAAUGUGUAUUAUUUAUUUCAAUUAUGUACAGGGCUGGACCUCGCAAAUCCUAUAAGUACGGUUCAGUGGUACAAUAUAAUAUUAUUAUGGCUACACAAUAAUCGGUGGCGUAAUUUGAGAAGGAAUCAACUUAUCAGGGAUCUUCCCUGAUCCCCAAUUCCCAAGGGUUAACAACAAUAAGACAAUUUUGAUCGACCUCUCGCUUUUAGGUCUGGUAACAAAAUUUCAGAAUAUCGAAAAAUGUUUCACGUGUCUUUUGUUUGUAUGGCCUCGCAGAUAAGUAAUCCGUGGUCAAUAUUUUGACCGACCGAUUUCACAAAUGUUAAUUUGAAGAUUCGUUAAUUUUAAACUCCACGAAAAUAUGCCUCUUCUUUAAUAAUUACGAAAAUCUGAAAUACCUAUUAAAUGAAGAUUUUGAACGAAUUAAAAAAUUGUUUUUGGUUUUAUUUUUUUUGUAAAUAACCCCUUUCCAUUUCAACCAACAAAUUUGUUAAAUUUGCCCGAAUCCAACCUAUACUAGAGCAUUGUAUAUCUGUACACUGGGUGGAGGGGGUUUUGGCGAGCCUGUUCUCCGCAUUGCUUUUUUUAUUUUUACAUAAUGUACCUACACAAUUUUGUAUUUAAACAUAAACAUACUCACAAUAAAAUUGUUUUCCACGGGUCCCCCCGCCUCCAUACAAAAGUUAUUUAUACGCCAUACGUCUUCACCAAGUACUAAAAUGACGCCACUGACAACAAUAUUUAGUUAAUGAAAUGUAUAUUGUUAUUUAUUAUGUUUAUAACAAAUUAUCAUGCAAUUAUAUUAAAAAUACUGCAGUCAAAUAAUAUUGGGUUUAUUAUAGAAUUUACGAAUCGCUUCUUUUUCAGUGGACUUAAGCUAUCACUAUUUUGUGAACAUAACAAAAUAUAUUUACUUUUUAAAUAAAAUAACUAAUUAUUCGUCGUCAUUAUGUUUUCUGUAAUUGCGUAGGACAAUCAAUUAAUUUUUUUUUAUCUGUCACUGUCAAAAAAAAAAAAAAAAAAAACACUACUAUAAAUAGUAUAAAUACACUUUACGUCAUUUACCGUUAUAACAAUUAUACGUAAAUCGAACGUUUUAUGUUUUAACGUAGAAUAAUGUACGUUUAUUUUGUUUUCUUUUUUUGGGCGGUGGAGUAGAGUGAUAAAAAUAUGACAACUAUACUUAAUGGUGUCCAGUUUGAAGACAAAUUACGGUAAAAAUCAUAAAGACAUCAAAGACAUUUUCACUGGACGUAUAAAUAUAGCGAGAAAUCCGUCGUCUUCGUUGUCGUCGUUGUCGUCGUGACUUACCACUUUCCGACAUCUCCAUACUUUCUUUUCGUACUAAAUACUGUUCAAACGUCGCGUACUAAAGUUCAUUAAUAAUCAUUCGGAAGAAAUUUCGAACUUUUGCCAAAAACAUAAUAUUAUUCUUUACGGACUUAACACGCACGCGUACUGUACAAGGGAUGGUUUCAAAGAUUAUCCGCUCCCCCGUCCUAAAAUUUUACGUUACGUAUUAAUAAGUUUUUAAUCGAAGAUUCAAACUUCACUAUAGGUGGUGAUUGUUUCUUCCGGCGAGCGUACAAAAUCAUUAACAUUAAAAGUAUUCCUGCGCCCGAAAAUGACGCCAUAGUUCUCAUAAAUUUUCUCAUAAAUAAAAUUAAAAAAAAAAAAAACUGUUACACGAAUUUGUCCAAACGUGCUAUGGUCAGGACCACUAUACGCAACGCCCAAUCUUUCUUCGCCCUUCUACUAAAUUCCAUACAUGGAACAUAUUAAAAUUGUAUUUUAGUCAUUUUUAUCCAAGAUUUUUGGCCGCAUAGGAUAGCAUACUGAUUCCUAUGUUUUUGUUUUUUGUUUUUGUUCCUAUUAACUCCGAUCGUUGUUCGCAUCUCCUCCACUGCAGCCGGUUAAACCGUAUUACACGUUCGCGUACGGUGUGGACGACCCGAAAACGGGACACAGUCACGGGCACUCGGAGACCCGGGAUGGUUCGAAGGUAACGGGCGAGUACACGGUAAUGGAACCGGACGGCGUGCUCAGACGUGUCCAGUACACGGCCGACUCGAAAAACGGAUUCAGGGCUUCGGUCCGGUACGUCCGUCCGGACGGUGAAACGUCCCGCGGCCAAGACCACGGUUACGUCGGUUACCACAGCGACAACAACGACGACGACGACGAAGACCGGUCACCGGGUCAACACCAGCAGCAGCAACAGCAUCCGUCGUCGGACUACGAAUCGCCGGCUGACGGUGACCACGAUGAACCGUACCCGCUGCCGCCGCCGUCGCCGCCAAAGUCAUUGUCGUCCUUUGAUUUUGGUGCCUUCAACAGCAUCAACAAUGACGACGUCGGCGACUAUAACGACGACGACGGCGGCGGCGGCGGCGGUGGCAGCGGCGGCGGCGGCGGCCCGUCAAUGCCGUUCAAGUUCCCGUCGUUCAACAAAGUAUCCGGUGGCGUAGCCGCCACUGACACGGGUAAUUAUAUGCCGACAAAAAACAAAUUCCUCUGAAACGCACGCGCGCGAAUGGACCUCCCCGUGAAAAUUUGACGAAAUUAAUAGAGUUAUCGAUUUGCAGUUAUAAUAAUGUACGCUAUAAAAAUGAUCGAAAACGGCACACUACCGCAACGCCGCAUAAUUUUUCAAUAUCGAAUGCGAAAAUAUGAAUUGAAUUUAAUCGUUUCGCUUAAACGGUUCGUAGUAAUAUUUACGGUGCCGAAAUGAGUACACACUAGGUGACACCGGUGAAAAUAAAUCGAAUGUAAAACACUACACCGGUUUUAACGAGUAGUGCGAAAUAAUAAGCUAAAUCUAAAACGCAAUUACUUAGUCCUACGCUAAAACGGAGGCAGUACGAACAUUAUCGUUUUUAUACUGCCGGAAUUAAAAGAUCGAAAAAAAAAAAAAUACAAAAAAUAUUACUACUCCCCAAACGAACCCUUUCUGGAAUAUGGAGUGGACUAAGUCGUUGUUCAAUCGUUUUGUUUUUCAAAAUUUGGUUAGGUUACCCUACGCUAGCAGUGGCGCUGAAUUGUGGUGUUGGUAACAGUGGUGUUGAGUUUAAAUUCAAUCGGUGUUGGGUAUAUACUUAUUUUUUAAGGGCUUGAGCAAAUCCACAAAUCAGUGUUUAUUUCUUAAUAAACGUUCAUUAUAUUUAGGAACAGGAUUAGAUUAAACUAGACAUUAACUUGAACGUUAACUUAUAUGUAUUAGGCGCUAUACUUUAUGAUGGAUGUUAUUUGUGAUUUGAUGUCAAUAUGGAAUCCUAAACAUUAGAUAAAUAUUUGUAUUCCUAAUUUUGUUUUUGUUAAGGUAUAAUAAAUUAUUGACGUGAGAAAAUGAUUCUCAAAAUCGUUCAUAUAACAAAACAAUACUUAUUCGACACCACACAAUACCAUCUCGGUCAUGCUUACUUAAAUUAUUUAAAAAAAUAAUAAUAAUAAUUAAAAUCGUACGAAUUAUUAAAAUUGUACAUAUAUAAAAUUCGGAGUUACGUAAUUAUUUAAUAUUAACGGUGUUUAUAGACCGUUAAAAAAAAAUACACUUGCCUAUAGAUUAUUUCGUUAUUUUUCAUUGCGAUCGGAUUAUUAUUAUGGUAUUUUUUAAUUAUCACUGCCGCGAGUUUACGUAACGACUGACGAUAAUAAUUUAUUAUUGUUCGCCGUUCAUAAUAAAACCAGUCGAUCGCAAAUCUAUUUAUUAUUACUAUUUUUUUUUUUUUUUUUUUUUUUUGCAUAACCUUUUUUCUUUAUUUUCGCUUCUCUUUUAUAUAAUAUAAUAAUAUUUUAUCCGUAUACGCAACUUGUAAAAUUAUUAUUGUACAUUAAACGGGUAUUUGGGUUAAAAUAACUCGGUUAUUAAAUAGUCCAUUAUAAUAAAUUAAACUGUUACAUUAUAAGACGUGUACCGUUUAAUGGCGUGACAUAUUCAACUGCACUGUAUUGUACCGUUACACGGCUGACUAUCAUACGAAACCGAUCACUGAACAGGUUCAAGAAAAGUUAGAUGCGAUAGAAAUGUGGAUUGAGAGAUGAAUGUAAUGAGAACAGGCGGACAGCAAUGAAAAUCAACUCCGUAGUAUUAAGCCGAGUGGAGGAAAAGAGGAUUUCACGAAGUACGUCAAAUGAAUCUGUUUAAUUAAAUGAAAUAAAGACAAAUACGAGUGUGCCAUGUACGUAGCUGUCUUUUUGAAAACUGGAGCGAGGCAGUUCAAAACAGACACGGGCGACGAAGUGUAGUAAUGGCGGAAAAUACACUUGGAGACUGAUCGUGUCAUUUGAAGAGUGACUACGAGAUAAUAGAAAGGAACGGAAAAAUGUUCGGUUACCGGUUGAUAGGCACGAUUUGUUUCUGAUAAACAUAUUUUAAGGGCGGGUGACGUCCCUUAGGUAAUAAUACUGAUUUCGAAAAAAUCAUACGACGGUCGGAAAUUCGGUCACGUCUAUUUAUAAUUGCUAGAGAUAGGGAAAAAGUAGCCAGUCCCAAUAAUACCGAUUUUAGCUUACUAAGUUAUACUAUAACCGGUUAAUUUUUACCAUUAACAUACAGGGUGAUCAACAUAACGUCAAGAUCCUCGUUAUCUGGAAAAGUACUAAUUUUCUCGGAAUCGGUUGUUUUGGGAUUGUUAGAAACAAACUAGUCUAAAAUGUGUUACAUUUCCGUAACAUUUUUCGUCACGGCAAACUUAAAACCGGUGUACAUCAUCAACGGGUUGACGAAAACCAAGCGCUUCCACGCCAAAAUAUAUUUAAAUCAAUAAUUAAUCUGUUUAUGGAAUUUUCAAUGUAGAAUACUAUAUUUUUUUAAAAAAUCAAAAGCGGACGUCAAUGAAAAAUGUAACAUUUUAAAAUAGCUUGUUUCUUACAAUUUUUUUUUUUUUUUUUUUUAAACAAUUCCGAAACGUUAAUACUUAAUGACUCUUACGUUAUGUUGGUCAACUCGUAAACUUCCAUCGAUAAAUCGUCAUGUAACAUUUUUUUUUUUCCCCCAAAGAUUCAGAAGAUUACGGUAUCAACGACGAAGGAUACAAAAAUUGGCUCGAUUCACCCCCGACGCCCUACGACGACGAAUCACCAUCGUCGUCACCGUCGCCGUUCGGGUUGCCACCUUCGUCCUCCUCGUUCGGUCUGUCACCGUCGUCCCAGUCGCGGUUCGGCGUACCGUCAUCCCAGUCUUCGUUCAACGUGCCCUCCCCAUUGGCGGAGGCGUCCGCGUCGGCUUCGCACAACAACGACGGGCCGCCAACGGCGCGUCCCUGUGUGGUGCGGCCGUUUACCGGCUAUCCGACCGGGUCUACGUGGAAACCGCCAUCGUACGAAAUGGCAAGAUCCCGUGAGGGCCAUUUCAAAGGGUACGGGAUAUCGUCGGCCAGCCCUCCGUUAAACGAUCCCGAGAGCCACGCGAAAGGGCCGGACGACGAGGACGACGACGCCGCCGUCAACGACGAACACAACGCGGCGCCUUUCGGGUCGUUGUCGACCAGGGACGGUGACGGUCCCGGAUUCGGCGUCGUUCAACAGCACUCCGCCGAAGACAGCGACCCGGACACCGCCAAAAUGGCGGGCGUCCAACUUUUGCCGUCCGCCGGCGUCCAAACGCCUCGGCCGCCGUCGUCGUCUUCGCCAACGCCGUCGCUACGGUCGCGUCCCAUAGUAGCCGCGGGUCCGUCGUCUCCGGCGCCGUUCCGCCGGCCGUCGCCCACGGACGUGCGCCUGUUGCCCGCAUCGACGAUGACGCGCAUCGAGCCGACCAUCAUCGACAUUGGCGGUUGA